GAGGGAACGCGAGGGAACGCGACGGAACGCGUUAAACACUCGCGUCAGAAGAGAGAUUCCUGAGCGCGUGAGUGGAUCAUGACGCGUGUCUCCGUGUAAUGUCACGCGCAGCGGGUCUGUGUGUGUGUGUGUCUGUACAGGUGUGUUACCUGUGGCUGUGAGUGAGUGAAUGCUGGAAAAAUGGACACGGAAUUGAAUCGCUGUCCUUGAACACUGUUGUUGUUGUUGUUGUUUUUCUUCUCGACUAUAGGAACGCGUUUGGAGACAGACAGUGGGCCAAGCCGGUGACUUUACUCUAUUGAUUGAUCGCGAUCAGUCCGUGACGCUUUGUGAACGGGUGAAGACACGCAAACCACUCCCUGAGCACCGCACGCGAAGCUCUCCGUGCGUCUGAUCGGUGUGAACGCGGGGAGUGUGUGUGUUUGCCGCAGUAUGUGUGAGACGGUGAUGGCCGUGUCUCAUCAGCUGGACAUCGAGCCUCAUCCACCGGAGAACGGGUUCGUCACCCCCGAAACCAGCAACGCGCCCGGCUUACUCACGCAGAUCGACGCCCGCGUCCUGCCAAGCGUGGGCGGAUUCGGGAAGUAUCAGAAACAGCUGAUCGUUUUAACAUGGAUCCCGGCCCUUUUCAUUGGCUUCAGCCAGUUUUCGGACAAUUUUCUCCUGGCUCAGCCUCAGCCUCAGCCGAACACAUCGUGCGAGCGCCUGUCCAACAACAACAACGCGCUCACGACCGUCGCGCCGCGCGAGAUGCUCGCCGGCGUCAGUAACGACAGCACCAAGGCGCCGUGCAUCUGUGUGCAGUCCGGGAAGGACCUGGAAAAUGGACUAGAGAGAAAUGUGGUGACCAAGUGGAAUCUAGUGUGCGACUCCGCCUGGAUCGUUCACAUUGCCAAGUUUUCCCUGUUGGUGGGCUCCAUCUUUGGAUACCUGGUGUUGGGAGUUUUGGCAGAUUGGUUCGGAAGGCACCCGGUCCUGAUCCUGUCCGUCUUCUUCAUGAUAGUUUUCGGCAUGACGGUGGCCUUCUCGGUCAACGUCCCGAUGUUCAGCACCCUGCGCUUCUUCGAGGGCUUCUGCUUGGCAGGAAUCACACUGUCCCUCUACGCUCUGAGGAUUGAGCUGUGUCUGCCGGGUUGGCGUUUCUCCAUGACCAUGGUGGCGAACUUCAUGGUGUUGGCGGGUCAGCUGCUCAUGCCAGGACUCGCUGCCCUCUGUCGGGAUUGGCAGAUUUUGCAAGUCGUUAUAAUCUGCCCCCUCUUACUCAUGCUGUCCUACAUCUGGAUUUUCCCAGAAUCUGUGCGCUGGCUGCUUGCGACUCAGCAGUACAGCCGCUCCAAAUGGAUCGUGGAGCGCGUCGCCACGAAGAACGGCAUCGAUCUAGAGCAUGAUGCUGAGGAACUCGUGACAGAGCUGAACCGAGCCCUGCCGAAGCAAUCCAAGAAGACCUGCAUUGUGAAGAUGGUUGGCACAAGGAACCUGUGGAAGAAUAUAGUCGUGCUCUGCGUCAACUCACUGACGGGUUAUGGCAUACACCACUGCUUUGCACGCAGCAUGAUGGAGCAGGACCCCCCUAUCCAGAAAAGCAUGUUUCAUAACUUCUACGUCCACUACUACACCAUGGCGGGCAUCGCGGUGGUUUCAUGCGUGUCCCUGUGCCCUGCGGUGGGCGUGAUGGGCCGGCGUGGGGGACUCCUCAUGUUCAUGAUCAUCACAGCCCUGGCAUCUCUCCUUCAGCUGGGCCUGCUAAACCUGUUUGGGAAGUACAGUGUUCAGCUGAAUAUAGAGAGCUCAGAUACGCUGAAGUACAACUUUUCCGUGGCUUUCUCCAUGAUUGGCAUGUUCUCCUCCCACGCUGUCAGCAACCUAAGCAUCUUUUUUUGUGCUGAAAUCACGCCUACUGUUAUUAGGGGCGGUGGGCUCGGCCUGGUCCUGGCCAGCGCUGGUUUCGGCAUGCUGACUGCCCCCAUCAUGGAGCUGCACAACCAGAAAGGCUAUUUUCUGCAUCAUAUCAUUUUCGCCUGCUGCACUCUUAUCUGCAUCAUUUGCAUCUUGCUGCUGCCAGAGACUCGCAACCAACCCCUACCAGAAACAUUAGCGGAUGCUGAAAGUUACACACGCCAACCGUUACUGCCUCCUCGCAAGCCAGGCGAGCAACGCCUUCUACUGACCAAGUCAGACAGCCGCGAGUACGCAAGGGUCGGCGACACGCCUCUCCACGAAGCAGUCGCCACUGCGAUCUCCACUAUGGACUCCACCGCCUCGUCCGCCAUCGAUCUUGCCAUGCUCAUUGAUGCCCCUGUUCAGCAAGUCACGGGUCAGGUAGAGAUAUUCAGCAUGAAGACCUUGACUUCUGCCCAAGAGCUCAAGCAAACAAAUGAGGAGUAUCCCAAAUCUGCAACCACUCCGGAGUCGUCUGCCGAGGAUCCUCUCCUCGCCUCUAUCCCUAACACCUCUACACCAAUUACUAUUCACUUGUCUAAAUCAGAGUCCCCUCCUGAUGUUGUCCUAACCCUUCAGUCUUCUUCCACUGCGGACUCCUCUUUGUUUAAUAACAAUCAUGCCUCUCCCUUAUCGACCAAAAUCCAAACUCCUUCAUUUGUAGAUAAAGCUAUUCCUCUUGCUUCGGAGUCUCCCUUACCAGGGGCUAAUGCUUGCAACAUCCAAGUUGAAGUGGACUCGUCAGGUCCUUCUUCUUCGCCACCGCUUGUCACCGACUCUAGCGUCCACCUGACAGCGUCCUCCCCAUUAGACAACGCCAUUCCUCUCUGCGCAAUUAACCUGUCUGAUCCAUCCACUGGACAAUCACCCAAUCAGUCUUUAAAUGACAUUCCUCCCUCUUCCUCAAUAGACUCUCCUGUUAAUCUAGUCUCUGAUAUUCUAGCCCCUUCCCCAACACAACUCUCAUUAUCACCAGUGCUAGACCCAUCUGGUCAAGUCAAUGGCAUCCCAGCUUCUUCACCCAUAGAUUCCGGCACUCUCUUGUUACACUUAGUUGCUCCGCCUGCGAUGAACUCCAUAGGAUCUGGUCCCCCUUCACCAGCUCCACUGGAGUCUUUAGGUAAUGGCACUACUCUUCAUGCCACUGUGGAUUCAACGGCACCUCGUGCCACAAGCACGGACUCUGUUACAGAAUCUGGCCACCCGCUCAUGGCGGACUUGACCGUUUCCUCACCUAUCGACUCAGGUAUUCCUACAGACGCUGACUUGAACAUCACGGAAACCAGUGGGGAGACGUCCUCAUGACGGACACACUCGCUCCACAUGGCUUGAUGGGCAGCCUUAUUAUUCUCACUGCUUGUCAAGAAGCAGUUCUUGCCGUGGGGAGGCAAUGUUAGAAGUAUU